AUGACCGUAGGCGAAUACAGAGCCUUAGAAAGUAAUAAAAUUUCUUGAUAUACAAAAUCUCUUAUCACAUUGUGCUCAUCAGUAUGCAAACAGCUGACGAACAGUUAUUUACUUGCGGCUUUGAGGUCUUUGGCGAAGUGCAGGGCGUCCGCAUGCGCAAGGCAACUCGCUCACUGGCCUUGCUGAACGAAGUACGCGGCUGGGUGAUGAACACCGAUCGUGGCACUGUGAUAGGUGAGCUGGAGGGCACGCUGCCCAAGCUGAAUACGGUCAAGUUCUGGCUGCUCUGCUAUGGCAGCGAAAAGGCCGUCAUUGAGCACGCCGCUUUCACGCCCACCAAGGAGAUUCCUGUGCACAAAUUCGACAACUUCUCCAUACGUUAUGAUGCCAAUCGGAGGCAGGCUGUGGUCUAGAGCAUUGAGAUUGCUGUAUGUCUAUUGAUAGUGUUUGGCGUUGAUAAAAUUCAUAUUGAUAUUUAUAUAUAUAUACAUAUUCCUGCAUGUUCGUGCGUAUUGGGCUUACAAUUAAAACCUGCUUCAAAUCCUAA